CGUCAUUCUUCGAAUGGACAAGGAGACGAUCCUUGCGAAACAAGGAACAGAGGUAGAGAUCGGUGAUACCAUCAGCUACAAAGAUGAAGAGAAGCCGAAGCAAUCAAAGGAUCUCGAGUUUUUGAGCUGUAUGAUGCAGCCGGCAACAGCCGAAUCAGAUCCACAGUACAUCGGAAUCCGCCGAAUUCUUCUCCACCGGAAAUCUGAAUCCGGCGCUAUCUCUCGUCGUUAUGAUUGGAGAUGCAAUGGUAAAGGAUAUGUUGCUUACCGUAAUUUCAUCAGCAGACCUAGAAAAUGGGAGAAUCUGAGAACGCCAAGCCUCUUAAGUAGUCCAGGGAACAGUGGUCGCUGGUUACCUUCACCAGGUCCACUCUCCCAUCAAUUUGAAGCCGAGAGCUUCGGUUCUAGUAGGGAUCUACGGAGUGCGAAACAAGUUUCUAGCCGAAGAUUGAGUUUUAGCUCAUGUUUGAGUGAUGGUGAUCAUUCCAUUCGUCGUGGUGGUGGUUUUGAACAUGCUUAUUCUUUUGUUGGAAUGCAUUCGAUCUUCGAUCAGUGCAAAUCUUCUGUUACUGUUCUGAAGUUUGGCCAUAUGAGUUCUGAUCUACUUGCAUAUGGAGCAUCAGAUGGUUCCUUAACUGUUUGUAGUCUCUCGGAAGAGCCUUCUGUCCUCAAGCAGUUGACAGGCCACUCAAAAGAUGUCACAGAUUUUGACUUCUCGUCAAACAAUCAAUACAUUGCGUCUUCAUCACUUGAUAAGACAAUACGAGUUUGGGAGUUGUCAAGAGGUGUUUGUAUUAGAGUUAUAUAUGGAGUCUCUGCACAGUUUUGUAUACGUUUUCACCCUGUUAAUAACAAUUUCCUUUCUGCUGGCAAUGCAAACAAAGAAGUCACGGUGUUCAAUUUCAGCACUGGGAGAAUUAUCAAAACACUGUCGUUCGACGGUGAGGUGACAGCUAUGGACCAUGACCAUACUGGCCAAAUCAUUUUCUGUGGGGAUGGUCAGGGAACUGUAUAUUCAGUGAGCAUGGAUUCCCAUACAGGUUCAUUAUCCCGGUCUCAUCGCCAUCGUACUAAUCACAAAUCCCCGGUCACAACUGUGAAGUAUCGAAGCUUCUCCCUCCUGGCAUCAGGUCCUGUACUUCUCACAUGUACUCAGGACGGAAACUUGUGUUUCUUCAGUGUUGCGCUUCAGAUAAAAGGCUACCUUACAUUGCGUUGCUCCCUCAAAUUAGCCCCGAGAAUACACAGAAUCCAAGCAUCGUUUUGCCCGCUAUUAUCCCUAGAGAAAGGAGAGUACAUAGGUCUGACUUCCAACCUUUCACUUUUCUAUAGUUUAACUCAUGGAGGAUGCAUAGGUCUCUUGAAAAGUGCGACUCAUCUGCAUAUCCUGUUGUUUGAAACUUUAGUGGCUGGGAGCGAAGACUCGAAUGUUUACUUCUACGAUCUUACCAAACCGAAACAUACAUGUGUAAACAAGCUACAGGGUCACAGGUUUCCAGUAAUGUGUGUUGCGUGGAAUCAUGGAGAGAACUUGUUGGCCUCGUCUGAUUUCUACGGUGUUGUUAUUGUAUGGAAAAGAGCAAAGACAAGCUCAUGAGGUUUGUCUGUAAUCAUUAUAAACGAAUCGAAAUUAGCCAUUUUUGCCAGGAAAGGAUUUUGGUUUCUUGCUUCAUCUCUGUAUCGCUAAUCAUAACCGGUGAAUUUUGGUUAUCUGAUCGCUCUUUCUAUACUCUCUGACCGUCUAUGGGUAAUUUAAUAUCUCCACUCUCUCAAAUUUCCAACUUUUCAGUAGAAAAACUCUUACAUCAUGUGGGAUGUGCUUUUAUGUAGCUUUAAAAAACUAAUUCUAUGAGUUUGGAUAGUUAUCAGUGUCUUUUGUAUUAGUUAUUAGUUACCGGGUACUCAUGUUAUCUCAAAGGUCUUCAACUUUUCUCCUUAUGGGGUGCUUUGUUUGUUUUACCUUUGAUUAGUGCAACUCGAUAGCUCUAAAGUUAUUAGUGUCUUUGCACCAGUUUGUUAAAACCAAAACUUUCCUAAUAUUCAGAUUAAAGAGUUGAUUUGUUAUUGGGUACGUUUGUGAAGCUUAAAUAAGAAAUGUU